CGACCUUUGUCGUGAGCAUGAAAUGAAUAGAAAGAAGAAAAACUUAUUUAAAGACCUCUAAUGGUGGAACAUGUUUCUAGUGAAGUAAUGGCACAAGUGUUUUAAAUAUCUACCAUGGAUAAAUUACAGUUCCUGGACUUGACUGAUUUGAACCCUGGAGAGGAGGAGCAUUUGGCCAACCUACUAUACAAUGUGGACUAUUCCGAGGUGGUUGAACUGCCCCCGGAGACACCUCCCUCUUGGGCGCACCAUCCAGUACCCUACCCUGAGAUCCCAGCUAUUGUUGAGAUAACUGCUCCUUGUUGCACUGCCACCUGGAUCCCAGCUGCCUACCCUCCUGGAGUUGUUCUAGAACCCGAGCCAGUGAAUGUGCAGGAGCAGGUGGAGGGGGAACCACAGAUAGAUUACACGGCCGGCUCCCACAUGAUACCGCAAUCCAUUCAGUAUACACAGAUGAUCCCAGCUCAAAGUGUGUAUGUGAGCAAUGUAACAGCCAAUGUGAAUGUUCAUGGUGUCGGAUUCGUACCAGCUCAGACGAUUGGUUAUCCUGCACCUGUAUCCUAUAUCUCACCAGUGGAUACUGCCCGCAAGCCACGACCCUCAAAGACUCCAACCAAGCGCUCCCCGGAGGUGAGAAGGGGCUUGGAGUCUCCCCAGGCAAACUUCUCCCCUACAUUUAACCACCAGUCUUUACCCCCUUCAAUUGCACCUCCCAUGGCUUAUCAGUACUAUCCUCUGCCCUAUCCCAUGCCACCUCAUCCCCUGCAGCAACCUCUACCUCGCCAAUUUGUCUAUCCUGGAGCUGGCACUGUCUUCAGUGCGUUUCCCCCUCAGUCAGUUUUCCCCUCUCCACAUCACGUGCCACAACCACCCUCUGAGCCCCGUGAGGGUAAUGCAGUGCCUUACCUCGAACAGGAAGAGAAGAUAGAGCAGGAACAGCCCAUAUAUCAGCAACAGGCCAGUGAGGAAGAGGAACCACCAGUGGUAGACACAGUGAUUGUAGAGAACAGCAACCUGCAGCAAGUUGCUGAGGAUAUUGUAGCUGUUAUCGAAGUUCAAGUUGAAGAGACAAAAAUUGAAAAACCAUUAGCAACCAAAGCACCGCCAGCAAAUGCUUUCAAGUCAGCACCUAAUUUGAUGCAGAAACCUCCCUUCCCACCAUCCACCUCAAGACAGAAACGUCUGCCAACAGACAACGGACCAAAAGCUGUUGAACCUCCUAUGGAUACUGGGCCACAGAGAAAGUCAUUUGCUAGUCUGUUUGGAUCUGGAGAUAAAAAUUCUUCACCAGUGUCCCAGUCAGACUCUGCAGCAAGCAAACCCUUGGCAAAAAUUCAUCCAACGGUUCAUAACAACAUAAGUAAUGUGAUAGGUAUUGGCGAGAACUGUGUGGAAAAGACAAGCACAUCAGCUGUACAAGAAUAUUUGCCUAACACCGCUUAUUCCAUUCCUGUGAAAGUACGCCCAGAAAAGAUGAUAUUGCCAGACCACGACAUCAAUAUGCAAAGACUUGGAGAGUUCCUGGCAACCUACCAGCUGGACCACGAGCGUUUGUGUCUGCAGCCCAGGGGUCUGACAAACCGUAGCAAUUACUGCUACAUCAACGCUAUCUUGCAGGCACUCGUUGCCUGCCCACCUUUUUACAACCUAAUGAAAGCUAUCCCUCCCACUCAAGAGAACAAGGGUAGCAAGUCACGCACUCCAAUUACGGACAGCAUGGUGAAGUUUGUGAAUGAGUUCUCGCUCAUGUCAAUGAAUGCUAGGCCAGUGGGUCGCAAGGAAAAGGCUCAGGCCACUAAGGAAGGUGGGCCUAGUGAGAUUGUGACAGGGCCCGCCUUUGAACCCACUUACAUAUACAAUAUGCUGAAAGUAAUGCAUGCUGCGUUCCCAGUGGAAGGCCGCCAGGAAGAUGCUGAAGAGUUCCUCUCCUGUUUACUCAAUGGACUCAAUGAUGAGAUGCUAGAGGCAAUGAAGCUGGCAGAGCCCCAGACGAACGGAAUAAGUAAUGGUGAGGUAACUACCAACGGAGAUGCCACAACCAAUGGAAAUCAUGAUGGCUUUGAGCAGGAUCAUGAAUGGACAGAAGUAAUUAACAAAAACAACAAGAGUGCGGUCCUAAGACGUGCUGACUUUGGACGAACACCUCUCUCGGCCAUCUUUCGUGGGCAGAUGAGGUCCAGAUUUACCCGAGCUAAUGCAACGACAACAACAGGCAACGUUCAGCCUUUCUUCACCCUGCAACUGGACAUUGAGAAAGCCGACAGUGUAGAUAGAGCUCUAGAGCUGCUGGUAGGCAAGGAGGAAGUGGUGGGUGGAGUCUGUCCUAAGACCAACGAGGAGGUCUCCAUCACCACUCAGACAUCCUUGGAGGAAUUGCCCAUCAUAUUACUGCUCCAUCUCAAAUGUUUUGACUACAAACUUCACACCUGUUCCAAGAUUACGAAAACUGUUGUAUUUCCUGUUGAUCUCAAAAUUGACCUCAAACUAUUGACUUCCAAGAGCAAGACUUCAAACAAGGACAGACAAUACAAACUUCUAGCAGUGGUCUACCAUGAUGGCAAAGAGGCGACCAAAGGCCACUACAUCACUGACGUGUUUCACAAGGAGUACAGCUGGGUGCGCUACGAUGAUUCAUCAGUGCGAUCCGUCACCCAGCAUCAGGUGCUGAACCCUAAACCUCCCAGAGUGCCGUACCUGCUGUACUACCGACGCUGUGACACCAUCGGUGCUCAAGACAAGAACAGAUAAUACUCCAGGUUUAUACAAGGGGCUGGUGAACUGUAGUUGUAAUGGUCAAGUACUUACUUGCCCACUUCCUCCCAUCCACAGUAGUGCCACUGCGCCAAGUAAAAAAUUCUAGUUAUGUUUUACCAUUGUCCUGUAUUUAAAAAACUAAGCUGAGGUUUUCCUAAGGACUGAAAAUUUUAGACGGCUGUAGUUACUCUUGUUGUAUCUUGUAGUGGAAUGUAACAUAGCAGCUGUAGACCAGGCCACGGAAAGUGCACUUAUAGUCCUGUUGUGUAAAUAUUGCAAGGAUCGUUGUGUCUGUGAUUUGUUUAGUUUGAGCCAUUCUGCGUUUGUAAACCCUAGUCGCGGUCGCUUAUUUAAAUUAUAGUUUUUAUUAGGAUUUUCUACUCUGUAAAUAGUGUUUUUUAGUACGUACGCGUAGUGUUUUUAAUGAAAUUGCAUUGAAAAAAUCGAGUGCAUCAUAAUAAUAAAUGUUAUAUUAUUAUUUUCACAAGACAGGAUUUGUGCAAAACUUUCUUUCUUAUAAAUAGAAUUAAAUAGUUUUAUUCACUACUAACUUAACUAAAGAUUUCAGUUAUUUCUGAUCACAUGUUGAGAUUAUCGACAUAGUAUUUUACUUAUUGUUAUAUUUAGAGUGUCUAUUUAGUUUUGUAAUUUUGAAUAUUUAUUAUAAAUUACUAGAUGCAACCAACAGACUGAUAAGUUUUAUACUGUAAUUGUUAUUGCUUAUGUAUUAUUGGUGGAGCCAUUAAAUCAUUUGUUAUCCAUCUGUUGGUGUUUGUUUGGUCGCUGUUGUUAUUGUAUCUGUAAAUAUUUUUUUUAAUUUUAAUUAGUUUGAUUUUGUCACAAUACUAAUUAGUGGUGUGCAAAAUAAUAGAACAUGAAAGUUAUCACCAAAUAAUCUGUUGUUGUAACUAGGUUUGUGUAGAAAUGUCUACAAAAUUUAUUCAAUUUCCCAAUUGUCUGAAAUAAAUUUUCAAAAUUUGCAUUUUAAUAAAUGUAUUAACACUAGAACAUUUCUUAAUAAUAGGAAUUUAUAUUUGUUCAUGAAUAUAAUGCCACUUCAUGAAUACAAUGCCACUUCAUGAAUACAAUGCCACUGAAUAUGUAAUAAUUUUAAUAUUGUCUGUAUAUUUAUCAUUAAGAUUUUUUUAAAUUUACAGUCAACUGCUGAUCCAUUGAGUAAAAUAUUAGUUGGAUUUAAUGUUUAAAAAAUCAUAAAAUAUGAUUUUAACCCUCUUCCAGCUGAGUGCCUUGAAAUGCUUUGUACUUGGACAAAUCCUUCUGCUUUAUAGGCUUUAUGGUUUCACCAUAUGAUACUUCUUUAACAUGUAAAGAAAACCAUGUUAAUCCCAUCGGCUGGAACUAAGGAUUUCUAUGUGGUGGCAGUUUACAUGUCAACCCAUUGGCAUGAUAAUUUGUAAUGGUAUUUUUGUGCCUAGAAAUUUCAAUUUUUCAUGUUUUGGCUAGUUUUACAAAUAGAUAGUUCGAGAUCUAUAGGAGAUAUGGCUAGGAAACUUCAAAUUGUACUUUGUUGCAUGCGUUGACUGCAGCAAACUUGUCUUGCUGUGCACACUCCAGAGCGAAUACCAAGUCUGUCAGUAUAGACCAACAAUUAAGGUUAAAAUAUAUAAGUAUGUUACCUUGGAAAAAGAUUUUUUAGUGAAAGUAUUAUUUUUAUUAUUCACAAGUAUAAACUACAUAAAAGUAAACAUUUUGUUUUGUACUUCACUGGCUACAGCUGUGUAUCCUCUUUGCAAUCGUCAAAACAACAACAAACAUCAUCUGUCUGCGGUGCAAGAAAAAGUAAUAAUUAUAUGAUGGGUAUUUUUAUUACAAAAUCCCUUUAUUUAACUCCUUAUUUUAUUCAAGCUUUUAUCUCUGCAGCAGUUUUUGGGGGUGUUACUUUAUUUAGUAGACACCUUAUUAUUUAUAUAUAUAUAUAUAUAUAUAUAUAUAUAUAUAUAUAUAUAUGAAUACAUUGUCUGGACCACGAUAGGUUGAUACAAAAAUAAGUUCAUAGGAACAUAUUUUAUAUCUCGCUUCUUGUAGUGUCUGCCUGUCCAUAUGUGUUUUAUUUUUUCAAUCACAUCUCAAAUGGUUAAUGCGAAUAAGUUGAGAACUGGCAUUUAUGUUAAGCUAAUCAAAAGAACCUUCGGGGGACUAAUGUCCAGAUUUUCAAAUGUAUGAAGAAAUGCAGAGAAAUACUAUCGUCCUGUUAUAUGGACGCACACCUGUAACUGUUGAAAAAUACUAAUGUUCUAAUAUUGGGACUUUCCAAAUUUUUUUUUUGCAUCUUUUACUUUUUAAUCAAAUGGAUUGUAUUUAUUAUAUAUGUAUACUAUAAAUAUAUACCAUGUAUUUAGUUUGGGUUUCCUCUGACAUUUUGUGAUUGUAAAUACACUACAAAUUAUCAAUUUUAAAAUAAUAUGUAAUAAAUUAAACAAGUUUUCAAAAUGUAAUAAAAUUGUAUUUUAUUACAUUGUGAUAAAGUACAGUUGUGUCUUAAGUGAAAGAAAACAUUUUGCAUCUCAAAUUUUCGUAAAGAAUGUUCUUACUAUAAAACAGAAAAAUAUUGUUAUUUUUUGUAAGUAAUAUUUUUACUAUUAAUUACUUUUAACUUUCUUUUAUAUGAAGAUGCUAUGGUUAAUGUUACAAAAUUUAUUUAUGUACAAUAAUAUUAUUUUAUUUAUGCAAACUAAUGUACAAAAUUUUAUAAAGAUCCCUGUAUUAUUCAGUAAUCCCUGGGUAAAAGUCACAAUUAUUCCUCGGAUAAAAAUAAACAUUUUGGUCUGGUAACCAAAGGGUUAAACAAAUAUCACUUUCCUUUUCAAAAUGGCUGCAUUUUCAAUAAGUUUUUUUAAUUGAAUAUAUUGUCUUAUAUAUCUUAUAAGACAUUAUAAAGUUAUAGUUAUUAACAAUCUAUGUAUUAUUCCUAAUUUUAACUGAAAUUUUUCAGUGAACUUGAUACAUUAAUGGUGAGCUGCAAAUUUUUAUUAUAAUAAUGGGGUUUCCCUUCACUUACAGUUUACAUUUGUUAUAUUUAAAUAUUUCUUAGUUUUAAAUAAUAAUUCAUUCAAUUUUUUUAUCUAAAUACAGUGAGAAAAAUUGCCAACAGAUGAUAAAUGUAUGGGUUGUGUUAUAACUAAUAUUGGUUUGGAUAGUCUAUUGAAAAAAUGCUGUUAUUAUAGAAUUUAAAAGUAUUGUAAUUACACAUUUCAAGACCAGUUAUGGAUAACCUUUGGUAACAAAAUCUGUUUAUAUAAUCUCUUGUAACAACAACUACAUUUUAUUUUAUAUUUUCAGAUUUGUUUAAUUUUUGUGUUAUUUGAGUUAAAAAUUGUUGUACAAUUAUGUUAUAAUAUCUUAGUUUAAAAUCAGUUUCACCAUAUGUACAUAAUUUUGCUGUAUUUAACAAGAGGCUGUGAAACCUGAAGAACUAGUGCUUUCAUUCGUGAAAGAUCUAAUUUAGUUUUAUUGCUCAGGAACAAAUUUUUUUUUAUUUGUUGAAAACUUUUUGGUAGGUUAUGUGUGUAUUUAUUUUACACUUUAACUUUAUCCGAAUUUAACAAAAAAGUUUUAGUUGUAAAUAGAAGCUGUAUUUUUUCCUCAAAUUAAUCCUGUUGAUUUACACGGUUUGAUCUAUUUUCAUAACAAUUUUGACUUAUGAACUGUUUUUAUACCGAAAUAAUCAUCAUUAAUGGCUCCAACUGUUUAAUGUGUUUGCUUUUAAUAAUGUAGAUGUUCAAGAGAAGCAUUUGAAAAAGUAAUUAUGUCACUUAUAUUAUUAUCAUUAAUUUGUUCAGAUAUUGUGUUUUGAUAUUUUGUAGAAUCUAAAAUUGAGAAAAUGUUUGUGAAAUAUUUGGUUUUGUAUUAGUGUAAUCUAUCAUGUUUUCCUACGGUUUAGAAGGAAUUGCUUUGGAUGUAUUCACAAUUAACUUAGCUGUUUCACAAUUGAGUUUUGUACUUUUUUUACUUUCAUAACAAAAUAAUCCUGCCUGUUGAUAGGUUUAUAGUUGGUUUUCAAUGUUAUAUUUAGCCUGCUUCUGGUUUUUUAGAGGAAAAUUUAAAUGUAAAUAGAAGUGUGUAGUAUAAUAAUGUAAAUAUGUAUGUAGUGUAACAAAUAUAUUUGUCUUCCAAAAGGGACAAAUUUAUCGUAUUUUCUGUAUGGUUAACCCAAGAAAGUCGAGCUUGCCUAAUAAAACAUUUAGAUAUAAUGCUGUUCGACUAAAUUCUGUUUAAUGGAACAUUUUUAUUAUAUCAAAAGUAUACAAGCCGUUACUAACUUUAGAUUGCUACCUGUAUAAAUUUCAGUGUAUGGAUUUAUAGAACAACAGCAUUUACAUAAUAAAGAUUACAACUGUUUUUAAA